AUGGAUAGAGCAACACAGAUUCAUGACUUGGGUGCAAAAUCUUUAUUUCUUAGUUGGUUCAGUUCUGCUGUCGUCGAUACAACUGGUUGGGGAGCAGAGAUCUGUGACACUUUCAAAUUCAAUGACGUCUCUGAUGAAGCUGUGAAGUUAAGACUUUUCCCAUUUUCACUGAAGGAUAAGGCCAAGGGAUGCUGGAGUAAUAACCAGGGGUAUAACCAACCUCAACAAGGAUUUCAACAGGGACCUAAACAGUACAGUCAGGCUGGAAAUUCACAACAGUAUGCACCUAAACAACCAUAUCACACUCCCCCGGGAUUUCAGAAUCAUGGGCAAUUAGCUAACGAAAGACCACAGGGGAAUCUCCCUAGUGAUACAGAGGUACCAGGUAAGAGGGACCCUAAAGAACAAGUUCAAUCCAUUACGCUGAGAUCUGGAAAAACUACAACAGGGCCUACCUUAACAUUAGUACAAGAUCAGGGUGAUGAACCGCAAGAAAUUCCAGCAGAAGUUCCUUCAAACACAAUUGGCACCAACCCUACUGUUGAAAAGGAUAAGGCUAUUCCUGCAGCUGCUCCGAUGUCAAAACCAGUAUAUCCACCACCUCCAUUUCCUAGGAGGUUAAAAAAACAGCAGCUGGAUAAGCAAUUUGCACUCGAGCAAAUGCCUAGUUAUGCCAAGUUCAUGAAGGGUAUUCUUUCAAAAAAGCUAAAGCUCGAAGAGCUAGAGACCGUGGCUUUAACGGAGGAAUGUAGUGCUGUACUUCAACAGAAAUUACCACCUAAACUUAAGGAUCCGGGAAGCUUUACUAUUCCUUGCACUAUCGGGAAGUUCUCUUUUGAUAAGUGUCUAUGCGACUUGGGAGCUAGCAUCAAUCUGAUGCCUCUAUCUAUCUUCACACAACUUGGCCUGCCAGAGCUCAAACCAACAAAUAUGUCUUUACAGUUGGCUGAUCGUUCGAUCACACAUCCGAGGGGUAUAAUUGAAGAUGUGCUAGUCAAGUUAGUGUUUGGCAAGGCUUGUCACCUACCAGUUGAGUUGGAACAUAAAGCUUAUUGGGCCCUAAAGAAGUUGAACUUCGACUUGCAAUUAGCUGGAGAGAAACGAAUGAUGCAACUCAAUGAGUUAGAGGAGUUUCGCCUCCGUGCUUAUGAAAAUAACAAACUCUACAAAGAAAAGAUGGGAAAAAGGCUUGUGUAUAUGGUAUAA